UAUGCCGACGACGAGUCGAGACCACACUGUGUCUCUUCUGUCUACGACGAGAGCCUCUGGUACGGCGAACGACAAUCAAACCCAGGGGACGUUUUUCUCGCUCUGCUUGUGUUCGGACAUUCAGUCCGUUCCUUCGAUCACGCGGACCGGAACUUUGUGACGGCUUGUUGUUUCUCCUCUGUGGAAUCCGCCGACACUGUUCGUCGAGACAUAGUGAUUAAGCCGCAGGGAACCUGUUUCAAGGCUCCUCGGAAAGAGGCCAGUCGUCCUAGAGGCUCAGCCUAGGAGCACCUAAAAUGCUCCUGAGCUCCCGCUCAAGUGAUCACAACGCACAAUGAAUCGACCAGGAAAGAAGAGGAAUGCGGUCCCGAAGUUCUCAAUUCCGGACGCGCAACCGCCGCCCACGCAAGAUAUAGCACCGGCGAAUCUCGAGUCGUCAGCUCUGAUUGUCCUCGAAGGCCAGCAAUUCACAGUAGGGGCCGAUGAGCUUGAAACACUCGAAGAGCUGGGACGAGGGGCCUAUGGAAUCGUAGAGCGAAUGCGGCACAAACCAACUGGGACCUUGAUGGCCGUCAAACGGAUCACAUUCACAUUGAAUGAAAAUGAGAAGCGUACCGCGCUCAUGGAAUUGAACGUCAGCAUGAAAGCCUCGUGUGAAUAUACAGUACGCUUCUACGGCGCGUUCUUCCGGGAGGGCGACAUCUGGAUUUGUAUGGAGGUCAUGGAUACUUCAUUGGACAAGUUCUACAAGGCCGCUUUUGCACAGUGCGGCGAGAUUCCCGAGAACGUUCUGGGACGGAUUAGUUUCAGCAUCGUGACGGCCUUAGACUACCUUAAAGAAAGACACAACAUAAUGCACAGGGAUGUCAAACCAUCGAACGUCCUCAUUAACGCUCAGGGAGCUGUCAAGCUAUGCGAUUUCGGGAUAUCGGGCCACAUGGUGGAUUCAGUUGCCAAAAGCAAUCUCGGCUGCAAACCAUACAUGCCGCCCGAGCGCAUCGAAGUUGAAGUGAUAGUACCGUACGAUGUUCGUUCUGAUGUGUGGAGCUUGGGAAUAACGAUGGUCGAGCUCUCGAUUGGACGAUUCCCGUAUCCGACAAUAAGGAAUGUGUUCGAGCAACUUAAACAGGUUGUGCAGAGCGAACCACCUCGACUCCCUCCGGGGAAGUUCUCAAAGGAAUACGAAGUUUUCAUCGAGCUCUGUUUGCAGAAGAACCGCGAGAACCGAGCGAAGUACCGUCAGCUUCUAGACACCGAGUUCCUGAAGAAGAACAAGGACAAUGAUAUUGCAGAUUUUGCGAGAACGGUGAUCAGUCAAAUGGAUGUAGAAUGAAGACGAGCGUCGGAUACGAAGCGCGAUUAAGUCAUUGUGGUCGGUGCCGGGGGGAAACGCGAGGAAUAAGUUGGAGAGAUUCCCUAAGCUCAAAUCUCGGAAUUGGAGAGAUUCGUUGCUCGGCUCGGAGGAUGCUCCAGAACUCUUCCUGGAACUUUUGUACAAGCCUCUUUUCUUUGUCAAGGUGUCCUACUAGUGCAAUGGGGUAGCAACGAUUCACCUUGAUACAGAGUUUAUAUUAUGAAACGUUUGAUAAGAGAAAUGACGCGAAAGAAAUUAAUCAAUCUCGUGGAUGGAGUGUCAAUUGAGAAGACCAUGCGUGUGAGAAGCCUUCACGUGGUCUUGUGAAGACCAUGCCGCCAAUCGAAUCAUCGAGUGUUGGAAAUAGGACAAAUAGCUUAUACGAGACAGUUCUGUUUGGAGAGUCAAUAUACAAUACCUGUUUACGGAAAACUUCCGCUAAAGUUACCUGAUGAGGUGCAGUCCUCGACAUGGAAAACAAUGGUACCCUAUACAUACAUAUAUACAAACAUGGCAAAUAUAUACGGAGUUUCAUG